AUGGCUCCUAACUUGAACCAGAAAGAGGCUUCUGAAGACAAGAACAAACCCAAGAAGGUCUCUUCUCAAGGUGGAGAUGUUCAUUGUGCCAGUUCCGUUCAGCUGAAUCUUCCUGUCAAAAAGGUAAAGUUGAAAUAAUUUUUGGGUAAUAAUUUUUUAGGUUGUUGUACACCCAUUAGUGCUGCUGAGUGUUGUGGACCACUUCAACAGAGUCAGUAAAACUCAGAGUGUCAAGAGAGUUGUCGGUGUUCUCCUUGGUUCUAUGAAAGGCGACAAGACUUUGGACAUUGCCAACAGCUUUGCAGGUAUGUUAGUUUACGGUAGAUUAUUUUUGUUUUAGUUCCGUUUGACGAAGAUGAUAAGGACAAAGAGACUUGGUUUUUGGACAAAGAUUACCUCGAAAACAUGUAUGGAAUGUUCUUCAAGGUCGCUGCCAAGGAGAAGAUCGUUGGUUGGUAUCACACCGGGCCAAAGCUUUGCAAGGUAUAGAAUGUUCAUUGAUUUAAAAAGUUUACUUUCUGUAUAAAAUUUUAUUUUUUUUAGAAUGAUGUCCAUAUCAACAACUUGAUGAAACAAUUUACUGCAAACCCCGUUCUCAUUGUUAUUCAAGCUGUUCCCAAAGACUUGGGUCUUCCAACAGAAGCUUAUAUCGAAGUACAAGAGGUCCACGAUGAUGGUACUCCCCCAAUCAAGACUUUUGAACAUAUUCCAAGCGAGAUUGGAGCUGAAGAGGCAGAGGAAGUUGGUGUAGAACACUUGCUCAGGUGAGAUCGUUAUUCUUUUUUAAACCGAACGCAGAAUUUUGAUAAUCAUAUUGGUGUCAUGUUAAUAAAUUUCAGAGACAUUAAAGACCAAACCGCUGGCACGUUGUCCCAAAGAAUCACUGAUCAACUGAUGGGCCUAAGAGGUCUCAGUCAACAAUUGGCCGAAAUCCAGAGAUACCUUAAAGAUGUCAGCGAGAAGAAUUUGCCUAUCAACCAUUCUGUUGUCUACUACAUUCAGGAGAUGCUGAAUCUUCUGCCUGAUGUCACCAAACCCGACUUUGUGGACUCUCACAACGUCCAGACCAAUGAUGAGUUGAUGUGUGUAUACCUGGGUUCGUUGGUUCGUACUGUUAUUGCCCUACAUAAUCUCAUUGACAACAAACUGGCCCUCCAAAGUGCUUCGAAUAACGUGUAA